GGAUGUGAUGAUUUGUUGUGUUGUGAAUGACAGUCAGACUAAUUGAUAGUGAAUUGCAUGCAAACCACUGAUUACUGUAUUGUCUGCCAAUUACCACUGAUUUACUCCAAGAGACCACUCGUUCGCACAAAUGGUUUACGAAUCGCUGAAUCUGUUUGUAUCGCCGGAAAAGUUUUACAUCAGACCCGUUGGCAACGAUAAUGAGUUACUUGUGAUCGACAGACAGACCACUUAUAUCUCAUUAGAGGCCCCUCGCACUCAGAUCACAGGCAUUGCCACUUCUAAGCUAAUCCAUGGCAUAUUUGGUAUCAUUAGACUAUUGGCCGGUCCGUAUCUGAUUGUCAUCACUCGGGUGUCAAUAGUGGGCAAAAUCUAUGGCCACGAGGUGUUUAAGAUCGAUGAGACCGAGAUAAUCCCAUUCAGUCGCACCACUCUUCACUUGACUGAAGACCAGAUCCAGUAUAACAAGAGUUAUCUAUCAAUGGUUAAGACAGUGUUGGAUUCGCCAUACUUUUACCUCUGCUAUACCUAUGACUUGACUCAUACCCUCCAAAGUCUCUAUAAUUGUGGACCAGAUUUCACGUCUAAAUCUUACUUCGAAAGGGCUGACAAACGGUUUGUUUGGAAUCACUGGCUAUUAUCGGAAUUAGCGGUUCGACAAGAACUCCAGUCUUAUUGCAUUCCUAUACUACACGGAUUUGUUCACAUAAACGGCGUGACAAUCAACAGAAAGCAGUUCGUGUGGACAAUAAUCUCGAGGCGUUGUGUGUCUCGCGCGGGAACUCGCCUUUUCAUGCGCGGCAUCGACAGCGACGGACACCCGGCUAACUAUGUGGAGACGGAACAGAUCGUUGAAUACGAGUCGUCGCAGAGUUCGUUCGUUCAGAUCAGAGGCUCGAUACCUCUUCAUUGGACACAAUUACCUGAUCUCCGAUACAAACCUCCGCCACAACUCACUCAAUACGCGAACCAAUUGCAGAGUUACCACAAACACAUCGAACAUCUGAUCAAUAAUUACGGGAAAAUAUGUUUAAUUAAUUUAAUCAAUCAUUCGGGACAAGAGUUGCCACUCGAGAGGGCUUUCAGAGAUAUA